AUGUGUUUUUUUCGAUGGUACACAACUUUCAGCGUAAUUAGAAUUAUCCUUUUUUUAAUAUUUCGCGUUUCUUUUUGGCGAGAUAUAUGGUGGCCUAGAAGGAGAAAUCUUCACAUUAAACACAUUUUUGGUCUGCGCACACCAUGUCGCGCUAGAUCUUGA